CGGAUAGUUUUUCGCUUCCACUAGGUAACCUUCUUAAGAGCGAACAAACAUGUUGCUAUAAUUAUUUUCUUAAUGGAGUUAAAUAAAUCACACGAUAUUGGAUUGUUGCACUUUAAUUUUUUCGUUGUUUACCCAAUCUUUCUGUACCAGCCGGUUAGGCUCUCGUCCGCUGAUAAGGCAAAAUUGAAUGCAAACAUCAAUGUGUUUGCAGCUUGAUUGAAAACCACACAGAGGCGUGUUUUUAGGUCGUGUUCACUUCAAGGACAUAUCGCCCGAUUGGUGCAAAAAGGGUGUUACGGAGGGGGUUACCAUAAACCACGCCUUAUAGGUGGAACACACGCCCGUUGCUGCGACGACCGGAUCGUACUCGGAACCUGAUAACGCAUGCCUAGGGAUCAAACUUUAGGCCAGGUCGCGCGAGGACUUACACAUAAAAACUACAUUAACAAACAAAGCAUUUCCUUUCGAGAUAUGCAUAUGAAACAUUUGAAAUUAGUCAUUUACAGUGCCGAAUAUACGUAUAUGAUGACAAUGAAUAACCUACGAAAUUCAGAUAACAUAAUUAUAUUGUGAUAAUGUACCAACGACAUAGUGACGUUUUUCGUUGAACGGUAAUUUGGACUGUAGAGUGAUGAUAAUUGCACAUUGUAUUGAUUCGGAAACAACACUUAAAGAACAACAAAACAAUCAUGCGUGGUACACAUUGUAUUAAAUCGAAUGAAACACUUAUGAACACAUAAAGAAUGAUGCAUUCAUGUUGACAAUGAGUCACUAUGACAUUAUGUCAACAGCAGUAACUUGUGUGGUAACAUUAUGUUAGGACAUACCACGGCCGUUGCUUGGUACGCCACUUUUAAAUGAUUGUCUCCAACAAUAGUAUGGGUACGCCUCACUCCACCAGUGAGCCUUUAUCGGCGAAAGAUACUUCCGGCGCUCAUUUACCCUGGAUGUUUGCUACUGUCGCCCUGUCAGUCGCUUUCGCUGGAGCUACGCUUUUCAUCACCUACAUCCUUUGUAGAAGCCGUAAGACGCGACAAAAGCGGAGGAGGGAUAGCAGAGGAUUUCAUUGCAAUCAUCAGCUUCCGUUCACGACUCAAUGCCAUUGCAUUACUACUCAAUUUGGACGACCCUUGGUAAAUCAUGGCGACUUAUUUGCGCUUAAUGAGUAUCCUCGACAGCAUCUUCCACAAUACGCUGUAAGGCCGCCGGGCACCGACGCUGUUGCAUGCCCAAGUAAUGGACGCCAAACUUGCUGCAGAGCAGAGAGAAACGGACUCGAGUCACAUGGUGUCGUUCAUGUGUCCAACCCGCCGAGCUACGAUACGGACGGCAGAGGAUCGAUCUCGGAUCACCCUGUAUAUUUUCGUGAUUCCAGCACCUCGGAUGUAUCCCGGAGAAACUUUUUGAACCCAGUGUAUGAAAGCAGUGUACAUGAAGACGGCGAACAGCCGUUGGCCGAUGUCGCACUGCCAGAGUUACGGGACUUGUUUGUUGUGAGCCCGCAGUGCUGUACUAAAACAAUAUGUGAUAAGCUCGUGGUCUCAGUGUGUCACGAGGUGGAUCACCAUGGCGACACGUUGGUGCUGGAUAACAUGGGUAUUUCUUUGAAGGUUCCGCCGGGAGCGGUAAGGUUAGGUGAGAUAAAACUGAUAGCGCUUGUGUUGAACUGGGACUUGAGUGAUAACCCAAACAUGGAUUUAAGAACUAGUCUCGUAAGUCCGGUUGUGUAUGUCGGACCUCAUAACCUUAAACUUGAAAAACCUUGCGUUCUUAAGUACCGUCACUGUGCGUUUGAUUCUCGGCAGAUUCGUGUCUUACGGAGCGAAACGGAAUUAACCGAGCGCAAACACUGGACACCGGUGUGCGACAGGGACACGUCCUCCGCCAAAUGUUUUUUCAGUCAGGACGAGUGCGAGUUGAUCAUAGACCGUUUUACGUUGUACACGUGCAUUCAGGAGCCACGUGGCGAUUGCGCUGGAAAGAAGUGGCUUCAACUGGCAGUGUUUGCUUGUCCGCUGAGGAAGGAACGCAACCAUCACCAGAUUCGCGUCUACUUCCUGAACAAGACGAAUUGCGCCCUACAGUGGGCAAUCCAGAACGAGGCGAAGUUUGGCGGGAAACUCGUGUGUCCGGAGAAGGUGUUCUUGUUCGACGGCAACGAACACGACAUGUUCACCCUAACACAAUACGUGUCCGAGGGAUGGGAGAUUCUCGAAGCGGACAACGAGCAGAAGAUUCCUUUUCUGCACAUCUGGCAUGGCCAUUGUCCCCAUAGCACCAUUUGUUACCGCCGGAAACCAACCGCAGACCAAUCAGUAGUGCGAAGGCCCGCGCCGAUAGUCAUGGAGAUCAACUUAAAUCUACUUACCUAUCAGGAAACGCUGAAAGAGUGCUCGGAGAAACUGUACGUGCAAGUUUUCGAGGAUGACCUAACGCCUAAGACGGAACGCGAACCCGUCUGUUGCAAACACCCGGAUAUUGACAUUAUUGUUAACCACUACGGCGUUAGCGGCUACGUCACUGACCGGACGCCCCCUGAUUCGCAUGAGGCUACGUCGCCGUCUCCUCCUGUCGACGUGUUGAGGACUUCGAACGACAGCGACCGCAGCAAGGUUAAAAUAGUCGUGAACACUCAUGCGCAGGGUACUCGUAAUUCACCGCCUCUCACAUGCGAUGAAAUGAGUUCCAAGAGAAAACUGCCUCACGAGGUUCGUAAAAAACUGAUGCUUAUGCUGGACCCGUUAAAGGGUCCAUGCGGCACUGAUUGGCGUGACCUUGCAAGUGCCUUUGACCUUGACGGCUCCAUUGAAUACCUGCAGCAUAAGUCUAGAAGCCCCACCGAAAGCCUCCUGGAUGUGUUCGAACAGAAGAACAUGUCGGUCUGGCAACUCCGCGAAAUUUUGCGUACCAUAGGCAGAAUUGACUGUUCCGCAGAGCUCGAUAGUCUUAUAAACGCCGAAACCAUGCAGAUCCGAAGGCGUCCGAUGGAGAACACGUGCACCGGAAGCGGAAUUCAUGCGCAUGCGCGCCUACAAUCCGAAGAAUCUUCAUGGACGGAGAGCUCGUAUCUUGGCAACUAUUCGGAACGCUUUGGACAUAAUUCUUCAUCUAGUGAGGGGCUUGCUAGUGUCCGAAAUACGGAUUUAUGUACAGAUACCUACGCAAAAGAUUUCAGUAAUAAUUAGUUAACAUAUCAUAUAAAUAAUACAUGAGUUCAUAGUUACAGACACAAUUGUCAAGUCAAUUAAGACAAGCUAUAGAAAAUAUUUCUGAUUGUGAUGUCAUGAAAACUCCUUUAACGUUUAAACUUACAGGUAGAUAACGGAAAAGCACUGUCACUUUUGUAAGAUACCAUUGUUUUACUACAAAGUGAACCGUUUUGCUCUAAUUUUUACAAACAUUGACAGUGUAAUAAUGUAAUUUAGAUUAUAUACAGUGUAAAGAAUGCAGGUCAGCAUUAACGGCAUUGAAGGCGUUUUGGUGCUAUUUUACUUGCAUAUUUGUACUUAGACUGUUACAGUUUCUUAUUUCGUUGUUUUCGUGUAUUAUGUUAACAUUAUGAAAUGAUCUACUUAAAUAAUUGACUGCAUUGGUCUACACAAAGUGAUCUGCUUUAGAAUUCUGAGUGAUAAUUGUUUAAACAAUAAUGCUAAAAAAGCAUCAUAAUUGAUUUAUACUGUCUAUACUAUUAUACUUUCAUUUUAUUCACGAUUCAACUAGUAUAUAGAGCAUUCCUUUGAUUUUUGUUAUUUAACGUUUAAUAUCGGUCUGAAGAUGUAUGAUUGUGUAAUGUACACGGAAAACGUUCAGUAGCUCUCAUUUAUAUAUGUGUAAUAUUUCCGAAGGUUUAACAUGUAGCGUCGAGCAUCGUGAGUACAACAAAUGUCAUAUAUGCAAAUCGAGGGUAUAACAAACUAGUCUGUUAUAACGAUAACCGUUUUAUGUAUUUUAGGCUGCUAUAUUUUUUACACAGCGUAAGCAGGGAGCAGGAUCAAAAUGUAUUGUUCCGAAAACCCGUUGAGGCUGUUACCUCCUCUAUUUGUUCAUAAUUACGGAUGCAUUCACCUGUGAGCGUCCUUUCUGAUAAUAACGUAACAGUCAUUUACGUGUUUAAUGAUCACUGCACUUGCUAUCAUAAUUGUACUGAAAUGUGCACCCCACCCCCAUCGUAUUACACACUUGUUCCAAAGUGAGUCUUGUUCUGUGAAAAUGGGGUUUAAAGUAUGUGCGUAGAGUGUCGUUCCAGAUUAGCUUACGCAGUCCGCACAGGCUAAUCAGGGACGACACUUUCCGCUUUUAUGAUAUUUUCUGUUAAAAAGAAAGGAUCUUUUUAGCAAAAAUCUAGUUUAGGCGGAAAGUGUUGUCCCUGAUUAGCUAAUCUGGGACCACACUUUACGCACAUGCAUUAUGCCCAGUUUUCUCAGAACGCGACUUAAAUUAUCUCCAUACACGUUCAUUAAUUGCCUAAAUAUGCAACGCGUCAUCGACGUAUGUUAUGACUGUAUAGUCAUAACCUCUUGAUACAGUUUUGUUAUUUUUUCAUAUUUUUGUUUAUAUAAUUAAUUCACGUGAAUAGUUGAUAUAUAUCUGAUGCAAGAAGAUUUGUUAUUCAAAAUGUAUAUAAUAAUUAUAGAUAAAUAAUUUUCGUCAAUUUAUGUCAUGUCUAUUCUUUUGAAAACAUGCUAAUUGUUUUUGGAUUUUGCUUUAUGUCCUGCUCGCGCGAACAGGUAUGUAGAUACAUAUUGAAUAAAGUUGUUCUGCAUGUGUAUGCCUCGAAUGGAGGAUAAAGCAAUUGUAUUGUCCGUUCGUCGGUCCGCCCUCUUCUUGUGGGAAGCAUUACUUAAGAACUAUUCCAGAGUUUCGAAUGAAACUUUAUGAUAGAUGGCUUUAUGGGAGCUGCGGAAUACGAUGACCAUAACUACAAUUUACAGUUUAGAGUUAACAUGAUAAUAAACUUUGCGAGGGGUUGAACUGUAUGCCACACCUCUUUCUUUGAUAUUUUUGGAGUUACUGUCGUUUGCUUAACAUUUUGCCUAGCAUGAUUAUUAUUAUCAAAUUUAAUAUAGUGAAAUCUCAUUCAUUAAUAUAGGAAAUCGAGAUGAAUAACUAAGUUCAAACGCGUAUCUGAUUCGUCUGUGACAAAGAGGCUGUUUUCAUGUUAUUCUUCCAUUUUGAAGUAUUACUCAGUUUUGAACGUAGUCCUAUAAUAAUGUGAGUCAUAUUCUGAGAAAACUGAGCAUAAUGCAUGUGCGUAAAGUGUCGCCCCAGAUUAGCCUGUGCAGUCCACACAAGCUAAUAAGGGACGACACUUUCCGCCUAAACUGGAUUUUCGGAAAGGCGGGACUUCCUUGAAACUAAAAAUACCAUAACAGUGCAAAGUGUCGUCCCUGAUUUGCCUGUGCGGACUUCACAGGCUAAUCUGGGACGAAACUUUAUGACAAUGCAGUAUGCCCACUUUUCUCAAAUCGCCACUUAGAUAACGAUAACGACCGCUGCCAGGCGGUCACAAUACACAUAUAAGAAGUCCAUUUCAGUUUUUCAGAGUUAUUGUUCUUGUUGAUUUUUCAAUUAAACAAUAAAACAUGUCUGUUACGUUGAAUGUCUAUAUCACAAUUGUUAAUAAAAUAAAUACUUUGGGGAUCCAGUUUCAACAAAUGGAAUGGUCUUUGAAGUAUUUUAAAAUAAACAUUUCAGGUAUUUUGAAACUUGUAAGUACAUAUAAAUAAGUUUACGUUUAUAGUCAUUUCGUCAUCUUGCAUUAAACAAUUCGUUAAAUAUUUGUCUUUCAUAUAUCAUCGUUGUUCAUUCACAUAUUGCUGUUUACUUUCAUGUGAUUUACAAUGAAAUGUUUGAUAGGGUAUCUCCGCUCAUGUUAUUUAAAUCCAUAUGACUUGCUGGUUAAGUUGUUUCGUGAUUUAACUUUAUUGAGAAUAUAUGUAUUAUAUUGUACCAUUAAAAUAGUAAACAAUACUCUUUCA